CAUAUUAGUGACUGACUCAUUCGUGAACUGACUCAUUCUGUUUCAAUCGAAGGAGGCAUGUCAUCUUCACAAACCAAAGCAAACUAGCAAACCCUUUGGCUGUGAAUACCAUAGCUAUCGAUUUCAAUCGCAUCAUACUGUGUAUAUCAAAAGCAACAGACUCAUGAUUCCAGCAUUGGCUGCCCGCAUCACAGUUGGCAUUUUUGCGGCCUUGGGGACUCUUCGCUUUGGCACCGGAAUCUACUUUUGGCGUGUCACCGAGGCGCUGGAGAGGCCCACUUACACCGUUGUAGAAAAGCUCGACAAUGGCGUAGAGAUUCGCCAGUACGAACCCUACUUGAUUGCUGAGACGACAGUCGACGGCGUUGGCUUCAAGAAACCAACAUCAGACGGCUUUCGUGCCUGUGCCGGUUACAUUUUUGGCAAGAAUAAACCUCAAGGUGCAUCCUGGUUUGCUUCCAAAGGAGCAGAACCUGAACCGGAGAAAAUGGCCAUGACAGCUCCAGUGAGAGUAUCUGGGGGGGCAUCUUCCAGCAGCAGCGAGAGUAUUACCAUGAAAAAGACCAAAGUCAGCUUUGUAAUCGGAACAAAGUACUCCUUGAAGACGGUACCUACCCCGCUCGACAACAAGGUCAAUAUUCGACAGGUCCCAGGUCAUACCCUGGCUGUAAGGACAUUUUCCGGGCCACCUCCCGCAGAUGCUCGAGUGGAGAAAGAGCGGGCCAAGAUAGAAACUGCUCUUGCCAAAGCGGGCCGACAAGUACCAGGGGCCAGCGAGGAAACACUCGUGUACGGCUACCAUGAUCCAUUUAUCACGCCUAACUUUUUGCGACGGAACGAAGUGGCACUGGUUGUGGAAGGUUCUGUAUAAAGAGGUAGCUACUAUAAUGGGAACGUUAUGAAAUUGGCUUGAUCCUCUUCACGACGGCGGCGACACAAUCACAACUGGACAUCAGUGGAAGUCUCCGUCAUCUCUAAAAAUCUACUAGAUACGUACGGAUCUCAUCCAUUCACUCCUCUUGAAAAGCAACA